GUGAGUGGAGCGCCUGUGGCGGUGACGAUUUAAUAGGCACACAAAUACACACCCACUGGGCUCGACUUGCCUCGCAAAUGCUUUAAUUUUCAGGAGGUCCAUGCAUCAUUUUAGGCGACGUCAGAGGCAGGCAGGAUGCCAUCCGGUGCCUCUCCCAUCUGAAACACACACAAGGACGCGAUUCUUCCAAGUGGACAGAUAGAACAAAAGCAGGUGCAGUAACAAUGUUUACAGGGCUCUCAGACGUGAAGAAGAAGUGGGCAGCAGUUCGGGGUCGCCUGGGCUCCUCUCAGGACUCGGACUCCCAGCAGGAAGCCAACCUAGAGAGUGCAGAUCCGGAGCUCUGCAUCCGACUGCUCCAGGUCCCCACGGUGGUCAACUAUUCCGGCCUGAAGCGUCGCCUGGACAGCAGCGACCAGUCAUGGAUGGUCCAGUUCCUGGAGCUCAGUGGCUUGGAUCUUCUCCUGGAGGCCCUGGACAGGCUGUCUGGGAGGGGUUGCUCCCGCAUCGCAGACGCCCUCCUGCAGCUCACCUGCGUCAACUGCGUCCGUGCAGUCAUGAACUCAUCAGCCGGGAUUCACUUCAUCAUAGAGAAUGAGGGAUACAUCCGGAAGCUCUCCCAAGCCUUGGACACCUCCAACACCAUGGUGAAGAUGCAGGUGUUUGAGCUACUUGCAGCUCUCAGCAUGUUCUCUACAGAUGGUCAUCGCCUUGCUCUGGAUGCACUAGACCACUACAAGGGAGUGAAGACACAGCAGUAUCGCUUGAGCGUGAUCCUGAACGAGCUACAGGAAACAGACAACGUUCCUUACAUGGUCACGCUCCUCAGUGUCAUCAACGCACUCAUCUUUGGCUCCGAUGACCUCAUGCAGAGAGAUAAGAUGAGAAAGGAGUUUAUCGGGCUUCAGCUUCUUGACAUUCUGCCAAAAUUAAGGUGA